AGAAAGGUCGACGGAGUGAAGAGUUUAGGAGCCGAAAGGCAGAGAAGACCUGCACUCAAAAAAAUGGCUAGCAAAUUCAAAGUCGACGAGCUUCGUGCAGAGUUGGCCAAACGGGGCCUCGACACCACCGGCACCAAGCCGACACUGGUGCGGAGGCUGGAAGAAGCCAUUCACGAAGAGAGCUCGCGUCAAUCCACUGGUUCAAGCGCUGUUCCGGAAAAUGAGAAGACUGUGUCAUUCAAGGAUACAGAGGAACUGAGGAGAAUGACUGUUAAGCAACUCAGGGAAGAAGCAAGCCGCCGGGGGGUUUCAGUCAGCGGUUCGAAGAAGGAAUUGAUCGAUAGGCUUUCUUCUGCAGUUGAUGAUGUUCAUGAUGGUUCGGAUGAUGUUCAAGAAGCUGGUAAAAGGAAACUGGUCACAGUAACAAAGAAUGGUGCAGCUAUUUUAGAUCAAUGGCUUCCAGAUGACAUCAAGGCAAAUUACCAUCUGCUGCAGUGUGGGAACGAAAUUUAUGAUGCAAUGCUGAACCAAACAAAUGUUGGGCAGAACAAUAACAAGUUCUAUGUCAUUCAAGCUCUAGAAUUCGACGGUGGUGGGAAAUUUCUAGUCUACAACAGAUGGGGCAGAGUUGGUGCCAAGGGUGGGACAAAGAUCAGUGGCCCUUAUACAUCUCAAUGUGACGCCAUUCAAGAAUUCGAGAGCAAGUUUUAUGACAAGACAAAGAACCACUGGUCCGAGCGUAAGGAGUUUGUGUGCCACCCUAGGCAAUAUACUUGGCUGGAAAUGGACUACGGCCAAAAUGGAGAAGAUCCAUCAGUAAGUUAUUACAGGGUUAGAUUGAGAGUUGGGCUUUGGAAGGCUGAGUGUAUAUCUUGAUACAUAUUUAAGAAUUUUUAUAAAUUGAAGAAACAACAUAAUAUGUGAAAACACAAUCUUUCAAUCACCCUUUAUUUGUUCGUGGAAACAUUUCUACUUCGUAUUUAUCAAGAUACAGGAUAAAUUCUCCAAAGCCUU